GGCGCACCAAGAGAGACAGACACCAAGCGACAGAGAGAGAGACACACACACACGAACGGGUAACACUCGAGAGCUCGAGAAACAUGUCGUCCUUGGCUGCAGAGUCCAACGGCUCGUCCGCCACCGGUGCUUGGGCCUGGACCGACAUCGGGAAGAGCGUCGUGGUGGAACCCCACACCGAGGGCCAGAGAAAGGUUUUCAUUGGUGGAGGCGCCGGCUUCAUCGGAUCGCACCUCGCUAAGCGGCUCAAGGGGGAGGGAUGGUACGUUGUGUGCGCCGACUGGAAGGCGAACGAGUUCAUGGAGCCGAAGGAGUUCUGCAGCGUGUUCGCGCACACCGAUCUGCGCAGCCUGCCCAACUGCGUGUCGGCCUCGGUCGGCUGCGAGCAGGUGUACAACCUCGCGGCCGACAUGGGGGGUAUGGGUUUCAUAGAGAGCAACCAGUGCGUCCUGCUGUUCAACAACACCAUGAUCAGUUCCAACAUCCUGGAGGCCGCGCGACUGAACGAAGCGAAGCGCUACUUCUACGCCUCGACUGCCUGCGUGUACAACGAAGACCUGCAGCUGGACCCCAGCAACCCGGGUCUGAAGGAGGCCGACGCUUGGCCGGCCAAGCCUCAGGACACGUACGGCCUGGAAAAGCUCUACCACGAGGAGAUGUGCAAGGCCUACGCGGCUGACUUCCCCAUCGAGACCAGGAUGGCAAGGUACCACAACGUCUACGGGCCGCGCGGGACGUGGAAGGGCGGGCGAGAGAAAGCGCCGGCGGCCUUCUGCCGCAAAGCCAUCUGCUCGACGAAGGACUUCGAGAUGUGGGGGGACGGGGAGCAGACCCGGUCGUUCAUGUUCAUCGACGACUGCGUGGAAGGCACGAUUCGCAUCAUGGAGGGCGACUACAGGCUGCCGCUCAACCUUGGCACGGAGGAGAUGGUCAGCAUGAACAAGUUCGCGGCCAUCGCUAUGGGCUUCGAGGGCAAGGACCUCCCCAUUCGACACAUUCCCGGGCCCGAGGGGGUGAGGGGCCGCAACAGCGACAACACCCUCAUCAGGGAGAAGCUCUCGUGGGCCCCUUCCGUCACCAUAGCGGAGGGUCUCCGCAAGACGUACUUCUGGAUCAAGGACCAAGUCGAGGCGGAGAAGGCUGCGGGUACCGGGAACAACUACGACACUUCGGAAGUCGUCGUUCAGACAACCGAGUCGCUGGAGCAGCUUUCUCACAAGUAG